AUGAAGUAUACCCUUGAUCUUAUAUCAGAAACUGGGAUGUUAGGCUGCAAACCUACAGAUACACCUCUUGAGGCUAAUGCUCAUCUCAAGAGUACGGAUGGUGAGCAGGUUGAUAAAGGCCGAUUUCAGAGAUUGGUUGGGAGGUUGAUUUAUCUUUCACAUACUCGGCCAAACAUUGCUUAUGUUUUAGCUUCAAGGAAAGGUGUACUUUUUUCUUCCCAUGGUGACAUGCAUGUAGAAGCUUUUACUGAUGCUGAUUAG